UUUCUCUGUAAUGUGAAAGAAUACUCAGCACUUGUCAGCAAAUCUGCAGAGAUUUGAAAGAAAACCCUCUAAGCUGAACAGCUUUGACACUAGGUUGACCAGGGGGAGCCUUAACAAUAGUAAAUAUCUAUUCACCUUCUGGAAAAUUCAACUGCUGCUACGCAGAGCUGCUGCUGAAAUACCAUGUCUAAGAACUCGGAGUUCAUCAAUCUGUCAUUUUUAUUAGAUCAUGAGAAGGAAAUGAUCCUGGGAGUCCUAAAGAGGGAUGAAUAUUUGAAAAAAGUGGAAGACAAGAGGAUAAGGAAGCUGAAAAAUGAACUAUUAGAAGCAAAGCGUAGGAGUGGAAAGACUCACCAAGAGACCAGUAGAGUCUGUGUUCACUGUCAGAAAACCCUUGGCCUCAUCUUUGACCGGGGAGAUCCAUGCCAAGCCUGCUCACUCAGGGUGUGCAGUGAGUGUCGGGUCACAGGACUUGAUGGCAGCUGGAAGUGCACUGUCUGUGCCAAAGUCGCGCAGCUAAAGAUUAUAAGUGGAGAAUGGUUCUUGGAAGAAAAGGCAAAGCGUUUCAAGCAAGUCAAUGUUCUGGGCACUGAUGUCGUUCGACAGUCCAUCUUAAGAAGAAGUCCAGGGUCUGAAGAAAUACAAAGCCAAGAGCAAGCACAGCAAUGUGUAGACAAGUCAGAUACUUCGUCUUCUGUCAGGCAGAAGGCCACUCAUGAUGGACCAAAAAAGAAGGGUUUUCUUCUUAGCAAGUUCAGAUCAGCAACCAGAGGAGAAAUCAGAACUCCAAAACCUGAAAGCGGAAGGAGCUAUAGCUUGGACUUAGGCAGCCAAAAUCUUCAGAGUUUCAAGUCAGCCUCUGGUUCAGACAGGGGAAGUACCACUUCAACAGAUCUCAUUGAUCAGGAGACUGGACGAGGAACAUCAAAAAGCAGCUACAGCAAUGGUGGAAUCCCAGGCUCUCAGAGGUCACCAGCCCCAAGUACUCGUAGUGUGACCUCCAUCAGCAGUAGAGAACAUGGUUUUGAAAAUUCCACAGCUUUGGCUACCAUUGAAAGCACCUGUGAGGAGCUUACAAAGAGUCACCGCAGAAACACGUCUGGUACACCUUCCAUAGCAGUGUCUGCUACCUCGCUCUCCUCAGAGCGGAGUCGAUCUGAGUUAGAUUUGAGUGAGUCAUUUGUGGAAGACUUAGAGGACACUUCAAGCAUAAGAAGCAGAUCUGUCCCUGGGGCUUUAGACAAAGACUUGAACUCCUUAGAAGACACUGAAGAUGGUGUUGACAUAGUGUCCUCCAUGUUUUCUGGAAAUACCCACAGUCUGGCAAGUGGCCUGUCAACUAACUCCCAAGCAGGAUCUGAUAGGAAGAGGAGCUACCUAAAUGUGCCUGAUGCUGAUUCAGACACUACUAGCCUUAACAGCAUGAUGAGUGUUUACAGUGAAACAGGAGACUAUGGCAACGUGAAAGUCACUGGUGAGAUUCUUCUCCACAUCAGCUACUGCUACAAAACCGGCGGGCUCUACAUUUUUGUCAAGAGCUGCAGAAACCUGGCCAUAGGAGAUGAAAAGAAACAGAGGACAGAUGCUUAUGUCAAGUCAUACCUUCUUCCAGACAAGUCCCGAAACAGUAAACGUAAGACCAAAAUCAGGACAGGUACCAAUCCAGAAUUCAACGAAACAUUAAAGUAUACUAUCAGCCACACCCAGCUGGAGACAAGAACUCUGCAGCUCUCAGUCUGGCACUAUGAUCGAUUUGGACGCAACAGUUUCCUUGGAGAGGUGGAGAUUGCUUUUGACUCAUGGAACUUUGAAAAUCCAUGUGAUGAGUGGUUUGUGCUUCAGCCCAAGGUGGAGUUGGCUCCUGAUAUUAGCCUUCAAUACAAAGGAGAGCUAACUGUGGUUUUGCGUUAUAUUCCUCCAGAGGAGAACCCUAUAUUCCCAGUGGGACAACAUCAAGGAAAGAAGAUCUUUAAAAAGGGAAAGAAGAAAGAGUCGCCUGCCAUUUCUGGGGGAAUACUUGAAGUGUUCAUCAAAGAAGCAAAGAAUUUGACAGCAGUAAAAUCAGGAGGCACUUCUGACAGCUUCGUCAAGGGCUACCUGCUUCCUGAUGAUAACAAAGCUACCAAGCACAAAACUGCAGUUGUCAAAAAGAGUGUCAAUCCUCAGUGGAACCAUACGUUCAUAUUUAGUGGCCUGUAUCCUCAGGAUAUAAAGAAUGCUUGCCUAGAACUCACCAUCUGGGACAAGGAAGCCUUUUCCAGCAACAUCUUUCUAGGAGGUGUCCGUUUAAAUUCCGGAAGUGGUAUAAGCCAGGGAAAGACUGUGGACUGGAUGGACUCUCGUGGAGAAGAACAACGCCUUUGGCAAAAGAUGACUGACAACCCUGGGACAUCUGUAGAGGGAGUUCUCAUGCUACGUUCCAGCAUGGCGAAAUGUAGGCUCUGAGGGAACCAGUUCUCCCAAAACUACAUCUCUGGUUGCCAGUUGUUUCCUCUCAGUGAAAGGAAUGGGACUUUGAAUUCACCGAAGAGUAUUAGGCCAUAAUGGGAAACAUAUCAGUGCUGUGAACAUUUAGGAUAUUGCUGAUUGUCAAAAAACAAAAAAACAAAAACAAAACCCAAACCCAUAGCCUUUUAUAUGUUCACCAACACAGGCCUCCCUUACUAGACAAUAGGAAGUGUACUACACCAUCUUUCCAACAAUCAAACCAUGCAAAGACUCACAGGCUUUAUAUUGGUAGAAAUGUUACAAGCUUAUUGGAAAAUACUAUUUAGAUUGGGGUUCCCCAUACUUUUCCCAACUGUGUUACUUUAGGUUUAUUGAGUUUGAGAAGAGAAGGGAACACUCUGAGGGUAGAGUGCUUGAAGGAUAACAAAGAAAGAUACUGGCCUCCUUUUCCUUAUCCUACGGAUGACCUGUGAUGUAAAGAAGGCAUGCUGGGGAUGGUUUGGAGGAUAGGGUAGAAUGCUGUUAUAGUUGCAACUGGUGGGACUAUGCUACUUACAGAAUUCAUCAUGAAAUUCAGCCUCCUUUUCAAAGUAAAGAUAGCUAAAUGAUUACAUGUGAUCUCUGUCUCUCUC